AUGGCUGAGAUUGAGUUUGAAAGUCUAUUCAAUCAUGCCAUGAGAGGCCAAUGGAGAGAAGUUCUAGAGUUAUAUGAGAAAAACCCUGAAGUACUAGAAGCAAAGAUCACAAAAGCAGAACACACAGUGUUACACAUUGUUGUAUAUGUAAGCCAAACCUUCUUUGUGACAACCUUGUUAGAUAACAUAGGCCAAAACAUGUGUAGGAACAUCCUAAGAAUGCAAAACUCAAAGGGAAACACUCCCCUUCAUGUUGCAGCUGAGCUUGGGAAUGUGGACAUUUGCAAGAACAUUGCCAAAAGAGAUCCUACCCUCAUUUUGUACCAGAAUUCCGAAGGCGAAACUCCUCUUUUCUUGGCUGCUGUUCACGGAAGAAAAGAUGCUUUCCUAUGCCUUCACGAUUGA